AUGCAGUACUUUUUGGAAAAUGUUGAAAGGUUAUUACAAAUAUUCAGUAGAUCUAGCAGUAUGCGAGUUGAAAAUUCCUCUGUUAGUUCUAAUGUUGAAUGUUUUACAGAUGAAGAACUACCUCCAAGUUAUUUUGAAGCCAUUUCACAAACUCAAAAUAAUAUAAGAACAGAAAAUAAUAUCUCUAAUUCGGAAACUGAACAAGAAGAAAUAUCUAUUAAUUCUAAUAGAUUAA